AUGCCCCCCCAAACCCUAGUGUUUCAGAACCCCAGGCCAGGAAAGCCAUUGUACUGGUUUCCUAAGGCUGCUGCACAGGUACCACAAACCGGGUGGGAUAGGAUAGCAGAAAUUUAUUGUCUCAUAGUUCUGGAAGUCCACUUUCAAGGUGUUAGCAGGGUCAUGCAGCCUCUGAAACCUUGGGAGAAAAUCAUUCCUUGCUUUUCCUCACCUCCUGGUGUUGUGUGUGUGUGCGCGCGCAUGCGCAUGCAUAUGCACACGUGCAUGUGUGUGCUCAGUAGUAUCCAACUCUUUGCAAUCCUAAGGACUGUAGCCUGCCAUGCUCCUCUGUCUGUGGGAUUCGUCAGGCAAGAAUACUGGAGUGGGUUGCCAUUUCCUUCUCCAGGGGAUCUUCCUGACCCAGGGGUCAAACCCGAGUCUCUUGCAUCUCCUGCAUUGGUAGGUGGAUUCUUUACCUCUGAGCUACCUGGGGAGCCCACCUGGGUGGGCUGUUAA